ACGAGGGACGGCGACUGCUUCGAUGCGCUGACGACGGCGUUCAGCGACUGCAAGUGUGAGUGCGCCGGUGGAGGGCACGGCGAUGUGUGCGCCCCGGUGGCGGCACCCGUUGGCCCCCCUCCGCCGUCACUGCCGUCACCGCCGGCGUUUGGUGAGUGCCUCAGCGACAUGGAGUACCCCGAGGUGGCGCAGGUUGUGGGCGGCGGGCUGUCGUGGCUGUGCUACCGCAACGUGACGUUCAGCGGGGCGUUUAUGCGACUCACGGUGGAUAUUGCAGCGAUGACGGGCGACGUGGCGAACGUCACAUUUGACGGAUGCACGUGGAGGGACGGUGCCUCUUUGGUGCUGGCGGGCAAAGCGGACUCCGCUGUGGGGUCGCUGAACAUUGCCAUCAACAACAACACGUUCGAUGACGCCGUGCUGAGCCCCACCGGCGCGUUCCCACCGCGUACCGAGAUCACCAUCAGCGGGAACCGCUUUACGCUCACGAUGGGGGUGUCUCGGCUGGGGUUGCCCCUUGAGAAAGCGUCGUCUGUCGUGAUGAAUGGGGUGGCGAUCACCAACCACUCCGCGGUGGUGCUCAGUGACAAUACGUUUCGGUCCGUGGUGGGAGUUUCAAGUGUCAUCUGCGUUGUCGACUCCACGCUGCGGUUGUCGUGGGACUCCUUGUUCGCGGUGAUGCGCAACACGUUUUCUGUGGAAGGCAGAAAAAGUGUGAUAAUCCAGCGUGGGGGCUCGGAGUUAUACCCUUCGCUGGAAGUAAUGAAUAAUUCUGCCGUGGUGGUCCAGGGCAACGUUGUGUCGAAGCCGGUAGCGUACAUUAUCUACUUGGAGCGGGCACUGCGUGUGGAGUCUCUGUCGGUGGUCGUGUUUCAGGGCAACAUCAUGCAGGGAUCUGCGACUGCGUUGUACGCGGCUUCUUCCUUCUAUGUGUAUUACGACUCCUGGGUGCAGGUGAGCCGCAACCUCUGCCGCGGGUCCCCCGAGCAUGCUUUCGUCUUCGUGAAGCAAUUGCUGAGUCUCCGCAGGUCGGUGCUGUCGGUGUCUGGCAACCAGUUCACUUCCGACAAUGAGACGCUGACGGUUCUGCGGAUAGACGGAGGGUCCAGCGAUCUCCCACACGGAGCGGUUGUGGCCGCCUGCAACACUGUGAGCGGCGGAGGGGAGGCGAGCUACAUGAUCCCGCAGGCGUACAACCCCACGAUCCGGAGCUGCAGCGACCCGUGCACCCUCGCGGCAUCGUGCUUCCCCGCCUAUACGACGACGGCUACCGUGGAUGACGGCUGCGCCUGCACAUGCGCGGAGGGCGGUCACGGCGAGCACUGCCUGCCCGUCGAAGUCCCCAAAAUUCAUGGCGGUGACGUCGACCCGUGCGUGCGGGACAUGAAUGUGACAUGGGACGUAAUGGCCGGGUUUGGGGUGUCAUCGGUGUGCUACGUUGGUGUGACCUUCGCCGCGGACGUCGUGGUGGGCGUAGGUGCGAUGUCUGGGAAAGCGCGCAACGUGACGUUGACGAACUGCACGUUCGUGGGUGGGGCAAGUCUGUACGUUGUCGGGUGGACGUUUGACCCGCCUGCUGGGAUGCAGGUGGAUGUGUUGCUCAGCGGGCUGAAGGUGCGCUCCGGCGGCGGCGUGCUGGUGGCGAACCGAUACCCGCCGGGCUCGCGCGUGACGUUGGUGGACUCGGCGCUGAUUGCGGAGAGGCGUGUUGCAUACCGCAGCGCCUACGACCUUGGCGGUGCGUCGGGGUGCCUCGUGCUGUACAACUUGAACCUGACGGGGAGCGUGCUGACCGUCGCGCGCACGCAGGUGGUGGCGGUGUUCAGCGACGCCGUCGGCGUGCUGGCGGUCGGCGGCGUGGCGCUGUCGUUGCGCGCGGCGCUGUACCUGGACCGGCUCUCGGUGCAGACCGCGCUGGGGCUGGGCGUCUCGGUGGAGGGCGGUGUGACGGCUGUCGCCGGCUCCGUGUUAGCCCUUGUGGACAGCGACUUCCUGCUUUGCGAGCACGCGGUGUCGGUGCGUGGGGAUGUGAGCAUGUCGGGUUCUGUUCUGGAGUUUGUGCGGAGCGACUUUGCGUCGACGCAGAGCUACGCGGUGAUGUUUUCUUCAGCGGUGGGCCUGAGCGGCGGGGCGAUGCUACUGGCGAAGGAGAACGUGCACGACAGCAUCUCAAAGGAGUUGCUUUACGCCGCCGGUGCCGUGACCGCGACAGGGAGUACGCUGAGCUUCGUGCGCAACCAGGGGCUCUUCCUGCGGAUGCUGUCGGUGAGUGUCUCGCUCGCUGCGGAGGCGCAGUUGCGGGUGGCGUGCAACCGCGCUGAUGGGCGUGUCCUGUCGACGGCGGACGAGUACGCCGCCGCGGGGCUUUGGCGAGGCAGGAAGCAUUGA